AUGCUCAUCCGUCAUCACAUUGAGGAGAGCUUAAAAGCUCAGUACCUCACAGUGAGUAAUCCAUACGAGUUAUGGAAAGAGCUUCAGAUGAGAUAUGAUCACCAGAAGACCUUGAUUCUUUCGGGUGCCACCUAUGAGUGGCUUCAUCUCAGGAUUCAAGACUUUAAGUCUGUGAAUGAGUACAACUCAGCCAUGUUUAAGAUAGUCUCAAAACUGAGUCUAUGCGGCGAGACUGUAACUGAUAAGCAGUUGUUGGAAAAGACUUUCCAGACAAUGUCCUCAAGCAAUUUGUUGCUUCAGCAACAAUACAGACAUAAAGGUUUUAAGACCUAUAGUGAGCUCAUCUCAUGCCUAUUGCUUGCAGAACAGAACAACGAGCUGCUCUUGAAGAACAAUGAGCUUAGACCACUUGGAUCUAAGCCUGUCCCUGAGGCAAAUCAUACCUCAAAUGAGCCUGAUGAUGGUGCUGAAGCCAACCAUGUCCGAUAUGACCAUAAGGGCCGCGGAUCCUCAUAUGGAAGAGGACGUGGCCGUAGAGGUCAUGGGUGA